AUGGAGAGACCACCAUCAUCGUCUGAUGCAAGGGGAGAAACUAUCCCUGAUCAUGAGUUCAACACCGACGAUCAGAUCAGCGAACUCUCCACCGACCUGUUGCUUAAGAUCUCGUCGACACUGUCCACGGAAGAGAUUGUGAGGACAAGUGUUAUGUCAAAGCGAUGGAUGGAUGUGUGGAAGGAGACUUCUUGUCUUUUGUUAGACUUGCGUAAGAUCCCCAAAGCGUCCACCGUUGAUAUCGCUAAAUCGGUGACUAAGGUCAUAAAGGACCACCUUGGCCCUUUGGAGAGAUGCACAAUCAGCCACUACUCACGUCAAUGUGAAGGCAAGGGGGUGGAGAGUUGGAUUCAAUCAUUGACUCAUCAGAAACACACCAAGGAUCUCACUCUUGAAAACCAUUUUGAAGGAAAGAGCGAAUCGAGAAUCACACUUAACCUGCCUCCAGGGACACUUUCCCAUCCAGACCUGGAAUCACUCUCGCUAAGUUGCUACACCUUAGAAGCUCCACAUGCAUUCAACAACUGUUGGAAUCUGAAGCGGCUCAACCUAGAUGGGAUUUUAGCUGAGAUUGGAGUCAUGAAUGAAGUCCUUGUGUCUUGCUCUUCUCUCGAAGCUCUGACACUACGUAUCAUUUUCUACACAAGCAGGGGUGUUUUGAAGAUUGGGAACCCAAAAUUAAAGUUCUUGUAUCUAUCUUGUUCAAUGAUUGAUGGGGUUGAAGUGUCUACACACAGUCUGGAUAUCCUCUCCAUUGGAUCUCUCGUGUGUGUGUUUAAGAACUUCAUCAUCGCAAACCCUAGACUCCAACAGUUCAGGAGGAGCUUCUGGCGUAGAGGAGCAUACUUUGCUCACACCACCUAUGACAUAACCUGCUCCAAUCAGGAGAAGAAAAGCAUUGGGCAUGAACUCAUGACAAGCGGAUCCGGAGAUUUUGUGAAAACGUUUUCAGGGAUUUCACUGGGUGUAGACAUGACAAACACAAAAGAGGUUGAGAUGCUCAAAGAAGUCUUGUUUGCAUGGCCUGAAGAAUUGGGAGAAAUUGAGAUCUUUUUCAAGGACGACAAUUCUCCUAUGCAAAAAGGUGAGUCUUCCACUGGAGGAACACAUAAGAAGUUUUGUGAAGACACAAAACAGCUAGCCAACACUGGUUUCCAUGCAUCUACUGUGUGGCUAAUGAACUUUAGUGGUUCACAAGAAGAGUUUGAGUUAGCCUCGUAUUUUAUAACACAAGGGAUUGUUGUCUGGUGCAUGGAAAUUGUGCUUCCUUCGUCGGUUUCUCCAAGUAAGAAGCUGGAGUUAGAAGCAGUAGUGGCGAAGUUGAAGAAACUUCCAAAACGUCACAAAGGACUUGGUAUCCAGAUUUGGUAUUGA